AUGGCUGUGUCAUCCCCGAUUCGAUUAGCUCCCACGUCUGCCCCCGCACAAGGUGCUCCGGCCCCAGAAGUCCUCGAUGGUCAAGGAGCGGCCCCUGGAGGUCAACCUGGGGGACCCCCUCCGCCUCCUCCUAACACUACCAGUAACCGGAGACUACAGCAGACACAGGCCCAGGUGGAAGAGGUUGUGGAUAUAAUGAGGGUGAAUGUUAAUAAGGUGCUGCAGAGAGAUGAGAUGCUUUCAGAACUCGAUGACCGUGCUGAUGCUUUGCAAGCUGGGGCCUCGCAGUUCGAGAGCAGUGCUGCCAAACUCAAACGGAAAUUCUGGUGGAAAAACUGUAAGUGCCACUGA